UUUCCCCUCUCCCCCCUCCGCGACCUACUGUACCCCUGGAUUGAUCGGUACUUUUCGCAGCCGUGACACCUCCAAUGCGGCGGAAGUGGCAGCAGAGGGCUUGUUCUGGUUGAUCAGGUCGAAUGUCUCCGGGCCGACUAAGAUAUUCUGAGCAGGGCCGUUUCCUCAUUCCACACAGAGGUGCACAGGAUGCCCUCACCGCAUGCCAGCACUCCGGCCACCUUCUCGAACGCAGGCACGUCGCAGUCGCAGUCGCAGCCGCAGCCGCAGCAGUACCGCCACCAUCUCCCAGACCAGCAACAGAACCACCGAUAUCUGCCCCAGCAGGCGCAUCAGUUCCAUCGGAUCCAUCCCUCGUGGACGCAGCAACAACAACAGCAACAGCAGCUCCAGUCAAACCAUAGGCAGCACAGACUGUCCCGGUCGUUCCCCUCGUCGACUUCUCACCUAGCUACCUCUCGGUACCAGACCGGCACACGCUCCGACCGACUACAGCCUCCGGUCUCUUCUUCGCUAGGUUCUCGUCCCGACCCGGGUACAGGGACAUCGUUCUUGCGACAAACACCUUCUCCCCUUCCUCGGACCUCAUCUCUCCUCCCACCACCACAAUCUUCUACCCAAUAUUCGACGACCGCAAUAGAUAUAGCCCACGAGGGCACCGUCACAUACCCCGAAUUCGACACCGAAAUUUCGUCAUACCUUGGACCGUCCAUCAAUCACUCGCGUUCGAGCAGCGCCCGUUUGUCAACCGAGGGAAUCCGAGACCCUAACCACUGGUCUGCCUCUACAGCCUCGAGCCGAUCGUCGGUGGCCCACUCUCAUGCGCGCCGCGUGAGCAUCGACACAUCUGCGCUGCUUGAUCCUAACAGCAACUCGGCAACGAACCAGUCGACCCAGAAACUGCCGAGACACAGAAGACGGUCCAACUCUAGCGAGGCUUCUUGGGACACACACAACGGUGGCGACAGGUUGCGCGCCUACUCACCCUCCGGACCAACUCGUGCCGCAGGCCUUUCUACGGGUUUGGUACCACAUCAGCUUGACUUUUCCCUGACCACCGUUCCAUCGCUCUCCAGAAACGCCGCGACGGCGACACCGGGUACGUCACGAGCUUCCAAGAGCGACUACGCAAUUGAGCAAAACCAAGCCUGGGAUGCAUUCUCCGGCGCUGGCCGGAGAGGAUCAGUCGUACCGGACCCAUAUCAGCUACCUUUUGCAGCCAUGUCGUCCGAUCGCAGUGGGGAGGCCUCUUUGAUGAGGGGCCACUCUCGUAACCGGUCUCAGACCGCCAAGGGGAGUACCGAUACUACUGGAUCUACCCGUGGAAGGGAUAGAGGAAACAGGCCCCCAUCACAGAAAGCCAUGCUUUCGCGGGCACUCCAAAAAGCAAACACGGCCGUUCAGUUAGAUAAUGCACAGAACUUCGAAGGCGCGCGACAAGCCUACGCGGAAGCAUGUGACCUUUUGCACCAGGUGUUGGCCAGGACCUCCACAGAUGAAGAUAAACGGAAACUAGAGGCAAUUCGCCGGACAUACACCAGCCGCAUCGAAGAAUUAGAUCAGAUGGCUCCCGUCCAGCCAGUGCUAGGAGGAAAAGCAUUGCCAGCACGACCCGAAAGCUUGGGACUACGCUUGAACCCCAGUUUGCAAUUCGAUGAUGAUGAUCUGGAGGAGUCUGGUGGCCUAGAAACCGCGGCUCUCACGAGGAUAUUGAAUGAGGGAAGUCGGAGUUCCGCGCAUCAUGGUGGCCCUGGGCUGGCUAUUUCGCGGAUGCAAGGACUCGGGGAACCUACGAGAGGACAGUCCUCGAGGUUGCCCGAGCAGUAUCCUUUGCAGUCCUCGUUUUCGAGGUCACCACUACGUGAACGUACAUCAGACGAUCAACUGAUUCUCCAAAUACCCACCGAAGAUGUGUAUAUGCCUCCGCCACUCUCACCGCGACGACCUCAAUCCCCCAAACUCGAUGGCCGAGGCAGUCCCGAUGGACCGGUCAGAUCAGACUUUUCUCUGGCCGCAAGACGAACUAGUCAGGGUCCUCGUCACAUCCGAGAUUCGAGUCGAGAGUCGAGCUCCUGGUUGGAUCCUAUCGACGAGUCUGGGGGUUCCGCAACCUCUUCCGUCCACUCACGGUCGUCUUCCUCUGUUGUGAGGCGGAAACACAUCCGUGCCCCGAGCGGCGCUACGGAAGCCGAGUUUGACGCGGCAUUGGAUGCAGCUGUCGAAGCAGCCUACGAUGAUGGCUAUGAGCCCAUGGGGUUUUCUGAACCAGAAACCUAUGGGUCAGACGACCCCGUCGUCGCGAAAGCGUUACGCAAAGUCAAAUUGGCUAAAGAACGUGUUCGUCAAACGGAAAGGGAAGUAUUCGAGCAAGUGAAUGGAAGAGAACGACGGACGCAGAGCCGAGCAGAACAGCUCGAUGGAGAUGUCGCACACGAAGACUUUUAUGACGACGGGUCUUCUGAUGAGGAGGAGCGCAUACUUGAGGAGAUGACUCGUGACUACUCGGUUGACGAAUUUGCCUUCAACCUGGCAUCUAAUCAAGUCGCAGCCAGAAACUCCGGCUCAAGCGACUUGGCCGAAUCUUCCUGGCAAGCGACAGCGGAAUCAACUGACGCAACAAGCGCGGAUGUUUGCUCGUCACCAACUGAUCCCAUCGCUACAUCCAACUUUCCUGGAGCCGGAAGCCCAGCAGUACCACCCCCAGUACAGGCCUUGCCUGAACUACCUGUAAAAAAGUCGUUCUCGGCAUCAACGUCAGCCCCAGGGCCCGGGCAGAGUGUGCGGAGUAGACGGAUGUCUGGUCAGAACCCCAAGCAACUAAAGAUCGAGACAUCCAAGUUUUCGCAGUUUGCCGACCCUGGGCGGCGGUAUAGUGUAGCUCAAGCAUCGAGCGGAAUCCAUGGAAUCGAAUUCGAAACUCCCGACAUGAAUGGCUCGACCGACGUGAACGACUCGGUUGGUCGGCCGUACUCGCCGCCUGAAGGUAUAAGCCCGACUCAGCCAAUUCCACCCACGCCGCCGCUUGGCCAUUCUAGAAGCCAAGACAGCGAAGACUUCAACGAGAGUCAUCCCGGCUCGCCGUCUUUUAGGCCCCCCCUAAGGAAGAAUUUUUCAUCUUCGAGUUUACGAAGCAUGAGGAAUCGCAACAUGUCCUUGUCCAACUUGGAUGACGCUUCUGAUAUGUCCCCUGGUACUCCACUAAGCACGAGCUUUGGUAUCAACGGCAGGCACCCGGCGAUGCCAACAUUGCCGACACCAUUGGCGGCGGCUUUUAGGGAUAAGAUUACGUCAAGCUCUGCCGGCGGCCUAUAUCUCUUCGAUGAUAGCCUCCAUUCUCCCCAGAGUCCGAGCUCUCCCAACCCACUCCAAACCGAUGCCCCGAUCUCGCUGGAACCCUGUCCAACAGACUACAUGCUAAGGCCAUUUUGGCUAAUGCGGUGCUUGUAUCAGACGCUCGCCCACCCCCGCGGAGGUUAUCUGAGUAACAAGCUUUUUGUUCCCAGGGACGUGUGGAAGGUAAAAGGAGUGAAGAUCCGGAAUGUGGAGGACAAGGUGGCAACAUGUGACUAUCUCACGGCAGCGCUCCUUAAGUUGGCGAGGGUUGAUACGUGUGAUGCCGAUGCCGUUCUCGAGGAGAUGCAGUCAUUGGAGGGCAUCUUGGAACAAGUUCAAGCCAGCUUGACGCGAAAGCUGGGGACUGAUGUCGGCGUUCAAAGUUCCAGCAUGCUAUUUCGAGAUGCCUCUAACUCGGCCGAGAUCGAAGCGGCUAUCAGCGUGCCACGUUCAGGUAGCGUCUCGGGGAAAUCUUCAUCCUUUUCGUGGAGACGACUCCGACCCAAGAACUCGGCGGCGGGCUUGAACAACUCGUUCAAUGCCAAAGGGGCUGCUGUUCCAGAGAGCGGCAAGGAAUCUCCAAGUUUGGAGACGCUACCCAUGACGGACCAUCCAACAAGUCGCCCAUCGAAACGAGAUCCGAGCAAUGCGCAAUUUACCGGACCGAACGCGCAUUAUAUGGGAUCCCUAGCCAGGCUAUUCGACGCUGCUCAGACAAUCGACCAGAUUGCCCGUCAGGUCGAAGAUCCUGGCUUAAGGCACGCCGAUAAGACACAGGUUGGCCUUGAACUGUGCACCCGACACGCGGCAGAGUUCUUUGGCUUCUUCAUUUGUCGAUUUGUGCUCUCCGAUUUGAGUGCAUUGUUGGACAAGUUCAUCAAGAGAGGGAGUGAGUGGGUUCUUGCAUGAGAUGAAGAGGCAUCUGUCGCGAACGGAAUUGCUUAGAUGCGACGAAGUACGGAUGCAUGAUUUUAGCGCUCGGUGAAGCAAUUGUACCGAGUACCACAUCGUGCGUUUUUAAUCAUGGGUGCAUUUACGAUAGGGGGCACAGUUGGGCCAAAUUGCAAGGUCCUUCAACCAGAAACAGACGGAGACAACUAACUCCACUGAAGGGGGGCGGGGGCGGUUAUUCUGACCCAAAACUACCUA